CUGAGCCUUGUUAGAUAAAUGCUUCCCUCCAAAAAAGAUUUUUUUGAUGAUUAUUUCUGUACAUCGUGUUAUAUGCUGUUUUCAUUCCACUUCUCGGUUGUAAUUGCACAAGCACUUCCAGCUUUCUUUUUUGUUAAUCGAGGCAUCUUAAAGGUGAGCAGAUGGUCACCCCAGGAGUGCAGGUUUCUCAUUCACAGACCACACGGAGAAGGCAGUAACAAAAGUAAGUUUACACAUACUGCCCUGACAACGACCUCUGUGCUGAACUAAACAAACCCCUUCUGUAAAGCCGGGAGCCGUUCACUCACCUUUCGAAUGCAAACCUGGCACUCUCUGAGUAACCAUAAAAUAUCAAACCGUGCAGCCCUGCUCUGGGUUUGAGGAUGCGUGCUGUUACAGGGCACAGAAAACUCCACAGAGAGCCAUCUUUUAGGAUUUUGCUGUCAAAAAGCACCAGGUAUUCCAAAGCCUCUUUCACAAAACGUUUUGCACAUUUCACAUUGACUUUAUUCCAAAGCAGGAGUCCAUUUUAAAAGGACACUAACAAAAUCUUAAGCAGAGCAGCUUUACAGUAGGGUUGAACAGGGAUGUAUUUAACAUGCUCUGACUAGGCAGUGUUGUGAAGGUAAUUGAAAGAGUUUUCUCCCCCCCCCCCCCCCCAAGAAAAUAAUCUCAGAACAGGUCUUGUCUCCUUCACCUCUGAUGCUUGGUGCGUGAAAUUGUGUCUCUGAGGCAUGGCAGGUGGGAAGCGGCAGAAAACUGCAUCUGGGCCUUCUUGGCACAGGGGGUCUCAGAAAGACCCCUGAAGGAUACAGACAGGGGUCAGGGGUCCAGUGCCAGAUUCUCCACAGGGUUAUGCCGUCCCUGAGCACGGUCACCUUUCCUGGUGAGGCGCUGGCAGCCGGGCUGCCCUGCUUACACCCCGCCGCAGCACCUGCAUCCCCCCGUGCUGAUGCUGCCAUCCCCCCUUCCCCAUAGCCCGCAGCUCUGCAGAGCACCGACCGCUGAGCCCUCGGCGGGGGCGGGGGGGCUCUCUCAAACGCUUCCCUCACGCACUGAAGCGCAGCUUAACCGAGCUGCAGCAAGCCAAAAAAAUAUUUUAAAAAAUGAAAGUGCAACGGGAUCUCGGCCCCGAUGGCAGGGUCCCGCUCGGCGGGGAGGGCGGCAGCCGAGCCGUCAGGCAGCCGAAAAUCCAUACAUCAGCGUUACACGGGCGCUGAGCGCCCCCCGCCCCGCGGGGCCGCAGCCCCGGCCGGCGCAGAGGUGUGCGGCGGGGGGGCCGCCGGAGGGGGCGGGCGGCAGCGCCGGGGCCGGCUCCUCCCUGCGCACAAACCCGGCCGCGCCGCGCCGGGCGGGCGAGAGCCGCCGCCGCUCCCGCGCUACUUAAGCGGGGAGGGCGCAGCCCGGCAGCCCCGCGGGGGGAUCCGGCGGGGGGGCGGGCGGGCGGGGGGCCGAGGCAAAUCGUCGUAGUAAUAACCGUCAUCUAUCUAUACGAAACCAAGGAAAGCAGAGCCGAGAUGCUCCGUCCGUGACCCGCAGGCGGGGGCAGGUUGUGAAUUGGCCAAACACCUGAGAAAUAAAGCACGACCGAACAAUUUCGAGGCGGGCGGGGAAGGGGGGAGAAAAGUUCGCCGGAGCUCGGGCGUCUCGGGGGGGGCGGGCGCGAUGCCGCCCUGGCUGCUCGGCAGCCUCUGCUGCGUGCUGGCGGCGCGGACGGCGCUGGGCGGCGGCCCCGCGGGCGCGGAGGCGGCGGCGGAGGAGAAGCUGAUCCGGGUGCUGGUGCUGCUGCCGCAGGACGACGCGUACCUCUUCUCGCUGGGGCGGGUGCGGCCGGCCAUCGAGUACGCGGUGCGGAGCCUGCGGGAGAGCGGCGCCGGCUUGCCGCCCGGCUACGCCUUCCAGCUCACCUACGAGGACUCGGCGUGCGGCAACCGCGCCCUCUUCAGCCUGGUAGACAUGGUGGCCCUGCAGCGCCGCCGCCCCGACCUGCUGCUGGGGCCCGUCUGCGAGUACGCGGCGGCGCCGGUGGCGCGGCUGGCGGCGCACUGGGACGUCCCCAUGCUGUCGGCGGGGGCGCUGGCCGCCGGCUUCGGCGCCAAGGGCGGCGAGUACUCGCACCUCACCCGCGUCGCCCCCGCCUACGCCAAGAUGGGCGAGAUGCUGCUGGCCCUCUUCCGCCACCACCAGUGGAGCCGGGCCACGCUGCUCUACAGCGACAGCAACCCCGAGCGCAGCUGCUACUUCGCCAUGGAGGGCGUCCAUGUGGUGUUCCAGGAGGAGGCCUUCCACAUGGCCGUGCACAGCUUCGACGAGAACAGCCGACACCUCGACCUUGACGACGUCGUCCGUGCCCUCCAGGCGGGUGAGAGGGUUGUAAUCAUGUGUGCCAGUGGUGACACAAUCAGGAACAUCAUGUUGGCUGCUCAUCGGCAAGGAAUGACCAACGGGGACUACGCUUUCUUCAAUAUUGAACUCUUCAACAGCUCAUCAUAUGGAAAUGGCUCUUGGAGAAGAGGUGACAAACAUGACCUUGAAGCCAAGAAGGCAUACUCAUACCUCCAAACCGUCACUCUGCUGAGGACCGUGAAGCCUGAGUUUGAGAAGUUUUCCCUGGAGGUGAAAAGUUCUGUUCAGAAGCAAGGUCUGCAUGAGGAUGACUAUGUGAACAUGUUUGUGGAAGGAUUCCAUGAUGCUAUUCUUCUUUAUGCUCUAGCUUUACAGGAAGUCCUGAAGUUUGGUUUCAGUAAGAAAGAUGGGGAAAAAAUUGUUCAGCAAACACGAAACAGAACAUACGAAGGCAUUGCAGGCCAGGUGUCCAUUGAUGCCAAUGGAGACAGAUACGGGGAUUUCUCUGUGAUUGGAAUGACCGACCCGGAGGAAGGCACACAGGAGGUGAUUGGGGACUACUACGGAAAGCAGGGCCGUUUUGAAAUUCGUUCAAAUGUGAAAUAUCCUUGGAAUCACGGCAGGCUGCGACUAGAUGAAAGCCGAGUUUCAGAGCACACAAAUAAUACACCGUGUAAAUCAUCAGGUGGUCUAGGAGAAUCAGCAGUUACAGGAAUAGUUGUGGGCGCCUUGCUUGGAGCAGGAUUGCUAAUGGCUUUCUACUUUUUCAGAAAGAAAUACAGAAUAACUAUUGAGAGACGAACUCGGCAGGAGGAGUGUAACAUGGGGAAACAUCGGCAGUUACGUGAAGACUCCAUUAGAUCUCAUUUUUCUGCUGCAUAAAGAAGAAGAAGAAAAAGAAUCCCAUUCUUCCUAGGGAAAAAGAGUUAGGGAAAAGGACACAACCAAAGACAUCAGUGUAAAAAGAAGAGGCGCUUGAAGAACUCACUCUUUUAAGCAGUAAUUUUGUCUUAAUUUCUUUCAGAAGCUCAGGAAUGAUUUACUAAUCACAUUAUGCCGCAUGGCCUUUCAUCUCAUGAAAAAGAAAAUGAUGCAGUUUGAAGUUAUAGGGUGUACUUAAUAUGUAAAGACAGUGUUUCUUAAGGCAUAUAUUAAGGGCAGCAGAUUGAGUUUAGUUGAUGGGGAAUGCCUCAUUCUGUUGCCAUUUUUUUUAAAUCUGCUACAACCUCCUUCCUUAAUUGCAUCUCACCCAUGGGUAUCAAAUAUGGUUUCACAGGCGCAGGUGCUGGUUGUUGUCAGAAGGAGAAAAGGGAUUUGUCUGGGGUAUGGUCCUGCAUCACUGAAUCGUUGCCAUUGAUUACAGGGGAUACAAGACUAGGCAUAUGCAGUUUAGUUCUGGGAGGGAACUGGCACUUGGGUGUAUAACUCCACUGGGGUAUAGUUAACUCCACUGAGAAAGUCAGGCAGGUGGAAGCACACGCAAAUGAUUUUUUCCUUGUUUGUGUACUAUCGCAAUCAAAAGCACUGAUUCUCCCUCUUAGGUGCUGGGAGUUAGGAAAAACUCCAGUAAAGGAUGAGGAGUUUCACUGGUGUGAAAUAGAGAGAAGACAAUCAGGCCUCUGGAGAGGACUGGCUAAUUCCUGAAUCUUGUAUGUGUUUUAUUGUGCUCUUUUCUCUCUACUGCCACGACUUUUCAGAGAGGCAAAUAACAGUCCAUGUAGAGCCUGCUACUGUCUGCAGUGAAGUAAAUGGCAAAAUCCCAUUAACUUCAUUGAGCACAGGACUACAUCCAAAAUUGUAAAUAUGAAAGUGUUUGUAUAGCUGAGGCAAUUCAAAAGGGGAUCUUUUUUGUGUACAAAUGACAUUCCAUGCUACCAUUUUAUUUUUAGGAUAUUUUUAUCUUGUAUUUUUCUAUUAAAGUAUCUAUUUUUGCUUUGGUAGGAUUAAAAAUUAAGGGAGAGGAUGUUUCGAAGACAUAUUUUUUAUGAUAGGAGUAACAUGCAGGGAAAGUCAACAGCUGUAAAUACACUUUAAAACCAGGAUUUUGGGGAGGAGAAGUGACUUUAUGGGUAGUAACAGAAUGUUUGCCCCACUUUCUUCUCCAGGCACGUGCAACAUUCAAAUAGUUAUUUAGACAAUAUAAAUGUAGUUAUUGAAUUGUCUGUGUGAUGAUGGCCCUGAUCUUGAAAAUAAUGAAUUUUCCACAUGUUAAAUAGUCCUGUAUUAGUAGGAAUUGGAGUGGUAAAACACCACUCUAGGGCUGAUUUCAAUCCUGCUGCCAUCAGUAUCCCUGGACUUUUUCCAUUGACUUUACCAGGAGCAAAACUAAAUCUGUGAUGAAUUAGCUACUGACAGGUUAUUUUAUACUAGUCAAAGGAGAGCUCUGUGCUUUCUAGCCAAUGAAUGGAAAUGAUUGUACAUAUUAUAAAUGUGGUGAAGAAGACCCAUAAAAAUAUUUUCUGGGGCAAAACCCAGCUAUGACUAUGGUUCUAGUGCAUGAAAUCUCUUGGUUUAUCCUAUUCCGAUUUCAUAAGCAGAACUUUCUGGUCUCAGCAGUCAUGGUCAGACUUGAAGGUUAAGCUGAAAACUGGCACUGAAGCCUGUGUUCUAUAAAACUUCUAGGCCCUGAGAAGCCAGAGUGCCAGUUGAGGGAAACCAUUUUGGGGUAGCUGGAAGUGGAUGAAGAGUGAAAGCUGUCUCUGUCUUCUUUCUGCUGCCUUUUAUUUGUUGACGGGGAAAUAGCCCAGGGAGCAUUUCCUUGGACUUUUUUUUUUCUUAUGUUUCACUUGUCUCUUAGCAUAUGUAGGGGUUCAUCAACUUGUAAAAUAUUGUCUGGUGUCCUAAGCAGCCAGAGGGCAAGGCUUCCACACUGUCCGUGCAGCUCUAGUGUAGGUGCUGGAUGUACACCAGGUAGAUCUGGUGUCUUUAGGGCUCACCUUAACAGCUGUUGUUCACACGGUGGAUUUCCAUCACCCUGUUGCCCAGUCUGGGCUUGUAUGACCUCUGCGAAGAUGCCUUAGCCGAAGUAAAACUGUGGUCAAGGUACAGUUUAUUGAAGUAGUCUCCUUAUCUCAUGGGCACCAGAGAAGGAUGUAGGCCGGAGACCAUUCAUGUGGAGCUGGGGAGACAAAAAAGACUUCAUGAUGAGUUUUUGGAUUUUUUUUUCAAGCGGUUGAGUUCAUCUAGCCCCUGGGCAUGCUUCAGAUUUGGGUUUUUUAAGUAAUUUCCAAGGGAGUUUUGAUGUACUUCUUGCUUUGCAAAUACACUUUUCAGUAUUUGUGUUUUCUUUUAUCCAUUUGACUACUUUGCCACAGAAAAAGGGAAGGAAAAUUUUAAAUAUGUGGAGAAAAGAGAGUAUGAUUUGAAGCAUAAACUUUUUUUGAAAUUAUGUUUAUUAUGACUUGCCUUGCAGUGUGAACUAGUACUCAAACAGUCCUAGUUAGGGACAAGACAGUGGUGUACAUCUGCAUUUUUCCUGUUCCAGGUCAGAGCGGAAGGCUGGAGCCAGGAGAUUUGGCUGGGACAAUAAAUUGUUGAGACAGCUUUUUUUAUUGCAUCAUCUUACUGUAACUAAACAUAUUUUUGAAAAGAAGUAUAAUGAGAGGUUACUUUUCAAUUAAAAUGAUAAUAAUUCUGAUCCUCAGUGUUAUGUAGGGUUUUUAAUCAUGACCUCAGUAAGUGUUUUUAUGAGAUGUCUGUUGGUGGAAGGCUGGUGGAGGCCUAGCCACAACUUCACAUCCCAGCACCUCCCAAGAAGGUGAACCUUCCUUGCACAUUAGAACAUUUUAGAUCAGCGGGCUUUGAUUUUUCUAAGUUGGUGCACACUUACCUGUGCUUUUUUCCCAUGGAAGUAUGGAGAUCAUUUAAUACAUUUCAUAUAAGUAGAUUCCUGUAUAUCAUAAAUAAACUUGCUCUUCUUAGCUACCUUUCACAGGCCUCUUGCUAAUAGUUCCCAGGUCUUCUAUGGACCAUAGAUCAAAAACUGCCUUGAGUUUAGAUUAUUCAGCAGAGAGAUUCUUUACCAGCUAAAGCACUUUUCCUUUCUGGUUCAUCUGCAUUAGCUCAAUGCCACAAUGUUUAGGCUUCAGACUCUGUAAGGGAAUGCCUAAUCAAAAUAAUAAUAAUAAUUGAUUCUCAAAAGAGUUUUCAAACCCUACAUUUUUGGCUUCAACAAAUUGCCUGUAGUACAGACAUACAUCUGUAUUACAGCGUAGCACAAGGAGGGCCUUGGCUCAGCUCAGCACUUUAGAACACACUUAAAAUGUGCUCAAUUUCAGCUUCUAAGUGCUUUGCCCACUUGGGACCAAAGGGUAUGAUCCUGGCCAUGGCUGAACCAAAGAGAAUCUUGCCAUGUGCUUGAAUCAGAGAAAAGUUGGCCCCAUAGGCACAUGUUUAUUGCUAAAUCUUACAGUUCUGCCUGUUACAUUAAAAUUAAACUAGUGGGUUCAUAAUUUUUGUUUGACAGUUUCACAUAUUCUGCUAAUUUAGCAUUUUUUUAAUUUACCAAAUACUGGUCAGCUUAAUAGAUUCUGUGGACAAAUUAGCUGUCUUGUACCCUCUUAUCUUCAACACGUAGACUUCCACUGCAAGUUGACAAAGAUGAAGCAGAACUUUCAAUAGUACCUGUGAUUUGCUACACUGAGAACAGCAACUUUAGACAGAUGCCUAGAUGCUUUAUCCUGGGCCAUUGGUAGUUCUGGAAGUGUUAUUUACGGACAGUUCGUGUGUCCAUAGUUGUCUGUGACUACCACUAUCACCAGGUAUUUACCAGUUUCUUCUGUUGCCCAGCUAAGUUCUGAGAACAUUGUCAUUUCUAAAUUUUCUGAUUGAGAGUGCUGUGCACCUUGCAAGGUUGUGGUCAGAAUUCAGUUUAUAGAAGAGUUAUAUUCAUUCACUUCUGAAAAUAAAUUUUAUUGAUCUAUUUUCAAUUUGGUUUUAAGAAACGCUUCAUUUCAUUAUUGGAAGUAUUCUGUUGAUUUUUAAUGGAGAAUUAUUAAGACAUAGCUAGUGCUUUGAAAACAUUUGUGCUGGACAAAAUAACACUGUGCUCCCUGACAGUAUGGUUUACUGGGAUUUUGAUCUGUGACUCAUUUUUUGGCUUGGAGGGGUGAUCACACUCUCAUUAAGGUGACCAAAAAUCCCUCUAAUUGAUUCAGUGGAAGUAAACUCAGACUCUCAGUGAAGUGUCUUCAGUCUUUAAACUCAGCAUCUUGAAGCAGUUCAGAGUGAAUUCCUCAGCUUUGCAUUAGAACAGGCUGCAUCAGCCUUAGCUGACCUUGGCUCCAGUGUGAUUUUCACCUCAUGAAUGCCAUAAUGCUCCUGGAAAGCCAAGAAUAGACAUCAAAGACAGGAAGCUAAUAGGCCUGGUCAUAAAUUUCUUUGGCAAUUCAGUCCACCUUUUCCGGAGCUCAAGACAGUUCCUCAUCCUUCACUACCCUCUGUGCUUCAGAGUAGCCUUGUAGCUGUUCUGUUUCUUUUAAUAAAGCAGUUGAGCUUAUUUUUCCUCAUUUUCUCCCAGCAUAAAAUGAACACCCUUGAAUUCCCCAUUUUUUUCAUGCUUUUUUUCUCUAGCUUCAGUAAUACUUUGAAAAUAGACAGCCAUUUUCUGUCAUUCAGUCAGAAAUGCUCCCUAUUCACUGAGCUGUGGCUUUUAAUGUACUCUCAGCACUGCUCUGCUGCCAGCACACCUUGUGUUGGCCCGUGGCCACACCAGCCGCUAUCGGAGAUGUUGACCCAGAAUUGUCUGAUGUUGCCUGUCUUUUAACCAAGCAAAGUUGAAAAAUCAGAUUGACCAAAAACAUUCUGAAGUUUAAGCUGAAUUUUGCAGCUGGUGUCCUUUCCUUCUAAAAACACCAAAGGCUCGUAUAACCAGUUGUGGUUAUAGAAGCAGUCACAUUAAAGCUAAAAUGAUUACUGGGCGCCAGUGGACUCACACAAAAUGCAUUGGUCCAAGCAUGGUGAGAUGAUGUCAGCCAGUCUUUUUUUUUUUUUUUUUUUUUUUUUUAACACUAAUUGUUGUUGCUAUAAAAUGACAUCAAAUCUAGUGACCACCCUAAAGUAGGGUAUAUGGGAACAGAAAUACAAGUUUCUGAUGGUACAUUGCCUUUUCUGUUGAUCAGCAACACACCCUAGUAACUUGCCUCAAUAGUGAUGAAGGGACAAAUUUCAGCAAAGUGUAUGUGUUACAGGAGGCAGUUUUAGCCCUUUUUUAGAAACAACAGUAUGCAAAAGUUACUUUUUGGAAUAUACUUUUAGGGAUAUGCUGGAAAAAGUUUUGCCUUCAGAUGUGUUGUGUGUCUCCUCUCCUCCCCCCCUUUCCUUCUUGCUGUUGAAAGCACAGAAGGAUUUGUGUGUGUGUGAAACCUUUCAAGUGGAAGGAUGGAAGUGUUUGCACUGUGCAUAUCCCUGCUUAGAGGCAGAAAUGAAUUCAGAUGGCUUGAGGCCUGUAUUUUUUCCACUCUCAGAUAUCUUUUAACAUCUGAGCUCUGAGACUGAUGGGAAAUGAUUGUUGAAUUUAAAACAAAUAGCUGUUUGUGAGAGACCUCGGGCCUCCCUGUCUACAGGGGUCAGCAAGCUGUGCGGCAGACUUUGAUAGUGUCUUUUCUCUUCCAGAGAAUGACAGGAAGCCUAAGCACUGUGGUUUGCCCCAGUGAAGCCUUGAGUCUGGCCUAAAUGCAGCUCUCCCUUUAUCUCACCCACAGAGGAAGAAAGGAUAAAGGUUAAUGUUGGUGUUUUUAUGAAGUUACUGCUGGUUUUGAUCAGGAAGAUAAUGCUGCCACAGCUUUGAGGCUUUCUUGGGCUAGUGUUUAAUUAUGUCCAGCAUAUCGUUACAUAGACUGUUUUAUUAUGCUAUUACUUCUUCCAGAAUUUACCUUUCAGAAUGACUCCUCCAGAUUUACAGCAUACAAAUUAGCUUUUGAAAGGAGUUGCUUAGAGUGCAUUCAAAAUCUCUCACUAACCACUAAGUUAAUAUUCUGCAUCAAAGGCAAAGUAUUCUAAAUAACCUGACACUGUUAAAGUUUGUAUGUAAAGCUAUAGUACUUCAGAUAUCUUACGUGGAUUCAUUAGAUGUUAAAUCUUUGAAAGGUUAAAAUCCACUCUGUGUGAACUGUUGCUUGGUGUUUCUGUCAUGUGAAUGUUUCUAAAGGACACUUGAGCAAGUAAAGAAAACAUACCAAAAAGGGUAUUUAAAAAAAUAAUCUUGAUUUAAUGGUUUCUUUUGUAAUCUCAACUGGUAUGCACAGGGAACACAAAAUUCUCCCCUCCAGAAACUAUGAACAGAGGUUUUGCUAAUGUUACACUAAACCAUCAGCAGACAUAAUGAGCACAGCUAUGUUGGUUCAUACUUGGCGACGAUCUGGACUUUGCUUCCUCUGUGACCUGCAUAUGCAGCGUGACGGCAGAACAAGCCACCACUGAGAAGCCAGUAUCACAGUUACGAAUCAGUGGCCAUUUAUCUUGGUGCCAUGUGAGAUGAUGUUUCCUCCCAUAUUUUGUGUCUCCCUGAUGUAGCUUUGUGGCAGAUGUUGUGAUGACUUCUGCAGUAUAGAUGCAAGGGAUGAAAAGAUCUGUUAAGAAUAUAGGGAAAAUAUCUGUGCGGUUGAGUUAGGGAGAUGGAGAAGAUGGAAGAGGCUCAGGGAUCUAUUAUACUCCCAUGAUGAUACUAUAGACUGUGUGGAGGAUGGGAUCAAGCUGUUUCUGCAUAGUACACUGUUGUUUAAUACCUACUUUCUUACAGACUCAGCAGAAGCUUAUUUCCCUUUUAAACUUCACAUAGCCCCCUUACCUAAAUUUUAAACAGGAUUUUAGUGGUGCAUAGGACCUGUUCAGGGUGUACCAUGCUCUUAGGUUGGCCAUUUACCUAGUAACAAUGUCAUCUUUACUGUGCAGGUCUAAAAGUGCUGGGUAGGGUGGCAGGAUGAAGACGAUGGGUAGAAUUUGCUGUGUUUCUUGUGCAUAGGAUGUAAUUAUCACAAAACUAAGAGGACUCAGGAUAGACACCGCGGACGUUAACUUUGUCCCCUUUUUUCGGUGAUACUGUUCAUUAUUAAUGUAAAAAUACUGGACAACAGAGAAACCUAGUACCAGUCUAGUAGAAAACAAAUGGAAAGCCGCACAGUAUAUUGUACUGAUGUAAGUAGAACUAUCUGCAUAUAAUGUGAUUUUAUUUAUUGUUGUUUUGUGUAGAGGAGAGUGCGUAUUCAUGACUGUGGAUAUAACCUUUGUUUAUUUGUGUAAUGUAUUUUAUUUCUUUUAGGACUUGAUCAUUUAAAAUAUCUACAUUCAUUCGUGUCCUUUGACUUUUUAUUCUGUGCUUUUUCUUUCACACAUUUUAAAAAUGCAAGAAUAUCACAUAACCUAAAUUGUAACAAAAUGUUUCCAUUAAAGACAUAGGAAUAUGUUAUCA